AUGGGGGUCACCAAUCCGCCCGCACCGACACUAGGCACGAGAAUCAACCAGACGUCCAUGGCUCGCCUCUUGACUCUCAACUCCAUUGAUGACUUUUGUUUGUUUGCACCACCAGUGCUCGCCAACAUCUCCGACACCGAGACUGAGGAGGUUGCUUGGUGCACGAAGCCACGCAAUAAUGCUCGGGUCAUUCCUGACGGCACUAUAACCGGCGUGUCUUUCCUCAAAACAUCGUUCUACGUGCAAAUCAUGGGGACGGGAAAUUUCACCUUACUCAAUGUCGUAGCUGGCGACGAAGGCGGUGAACUCGAUCCGCAUGGGGCGACAGGCGCUGGCAAUCCUGUCGGGGGCAAUGUCACAACCAACAUCGUGGACAACGUUGAUGAGCCGAUAGCGGAAUGGAUGUUGUUCAUGAGCAACACUGUGUUCUGCAUUCGUGCCUGUACCAACGCAAACGCCACGUACGAUGCGGCCCAUAUGUGCUGGCACGAGCUGGAUGUUAUGGGUUGUGAAUUUGUCAUGCCAGGAACCUACAACCCACCUGGAAUCUUCGAAACUUGUGACGCAGACGUAGCUUAUCCCCCAGGGUGGUACCCCUCAGUCGACAACAGCGGCUCCACAUCGUUUUCCACUUUUGCGCAGUACUUCACUGGUGUCUACACCGGGUCGAACGGUAAAGAGACGGGUUACACCGUUGGAGAUCUUGUAACCCCAACAGCACCUGCCUCCAUCCCGAGCUCGUCGAACUGUGUCACCACUUCGUCUAUUGCAAAUGGCAUUCCGCUUGCAUCGUUGGGUGUUACCGCGUCCAUGUCAAAAUCUGCCACUGCUUCAGGAGCUUCAGCGCAACCGACUCGGACAAGCUCUAAUGCGGCUUAUAAUCUGGUGCCCCAAUGUUUUGGCUUCAUGAUAGUUAGCAUCGUAUCUCUUGGUUUGUUGUAUUGA